UUCUACGAGCACGCACACACGGCCGUGUGGGCAUACAGCCGAUGCAAUACCACGACGGAAGGAAGCUCCCGCCCGGGUGGGUGAGGUGCGUCUCUUCCAAGUUCGGGAGGGACUACUUCUUCGACACGCAGACCGGCGAGUCGACCUGGUUCGCUCCUGCCACUUCGACACCGCCGCCUCCCUCUCGCCAAGGGGGCGAGGAGGAGGACCUAGAAUCUUUCUCGCCUCCUCCAGCAAAACGAUCACGGCAAGAAGGGCCGUCGUCGCUUCCGCCUCAAGAUGGAGACAAGACGAAAGUUGCCGUGGUAGUCCCAUACAGGGACUUGGAUCCCGCGCAACGGCGCUCGGCUCACCUGGAGCAGUUCGUGCCCUACAUGGAGGACUUCCUGGAGAGGGCGGUGGGAGGGGCGGGGGGGGAGUUUCGUGUGUAUGUGGUGGAGCAGUCGGCCGACGACGGCCUCAAGUUCAACCGCGGCAAGCUUCUCAACAUCGGAUUCGACCUGGCCCGAAUGGAAGGGGCACAAGUAUUCCUGUUCCACGACGUUGACCUCCUGCCCUCGAACGAGCUCGCGCGGUGGUACGCUACGGUACCGGAGAGACCGGUCCACGUGGCGAGGGUCUGGAAGCAGUACAGCAACAACCCGAAGUAUUUCGGGGGGGUAGUGGCCUUCAAUCGGAAGGAUUUCGAAGCGAUCAAUGGCUUUCCCAACACCUUCUGGGGUUGGGGGGGCGAAGACGAUGAGAUGUACAGUCGCAUCCUAGAGGCGAGGCUAGAGCCGCAAAAGGUGGAGGUUGGGGAAUUCAAAGACUUGGAAGGCUUAGAUCUGCCUACCAAGCUAAACCUGCUGCGUCAGAACGAGCAGUGGAAGUGCCAGGUCAAGAAGGAAGCGCUGGAGGAGCAUUCGAAGACUUGGAGACAGAACGGGCUCGCCGACCUCAAGUACAAGGUGCUGGGGAGAACCAGCUUGGGGAAAGGGACUGAAAAGAUUACGGUGGAGGUCGGGCUGAACGGGCAUUGGACUGACACCAUCACCCGAUGGCAAGACCUGCCCAAAGGGGACUUAGUAUCGGCAUGAGGAGACCAGAUACCCCACCUAAAGGCCUUCGGGAAGUGGGUGGAGAGGGGGGGGGAUAGAUGGAGAGAACCAGAGACAGACAGAGACACAGAAACAGGGAGAGAAGAGAAAGAACAUCGUGAGGGAGGCUAAUAGAUACGGAAGGAGAACUUGGUGUGUGAAGUAUGGUGGAAUAGUACUAGUAUCACAGAGUAGCGUCAUGGGAGAGAGAGUGAGUGAAAGAGAGACAGACAGAGAAGCAAUGUUGCACAGUUUUGGUGAACGAGUCGAGGGGAAAACAUCGUCCGGGAAGGAGGCUGUGGUUGAACGAGAGAAGGCCCCUUGCAAAGCAGAAGUGCGUGAGCAUGAAACCGGGGUCGGGUUCGUUGAGUCGACAUUUCGGCAACUUACUUCGACACGUGUGCUGUAGGCAUGGACCACCUGCUGUGGAACCGUUCCCCCUCGUCAUUCGGUUGACAGCCAUGCAACUUCCUG